AUGAGUUAAUGCCCAAUUGAGCAUCAUGAUUAGUAAAAAAUCAAAUACAUAUGUAUUGAUCCAAAAUGUACACACGAAUAAAAAUUAGGUAUAAAACCAAUGAUUUAUAAUAUUUUAGGCUGUGCUGAUUGUUUUUUAGAAAAUCACAUUUCAUAAGCUCCAUAGAGUCAUAGUCAUACAAGAGUACAGAUCUCAAAAUUUGAGGAGGAUUUAAAUUCUAAAAUAUUAAAUGUAAGAAAUCUUCAAAUAGAACCAAUCGCUAAUGAUUCUAGUUAAUUUGAUGAAGAUUUUAAUAUAUGCUUAAAUUAAGUAGCAUCAAAGCUUAAUAAUUUUAAAGAUGAAUUAAAGAAAGAAAUGAAUAAUGAUGUAUUGAAUUUUGAUGAUCAUGUUAAUGAAUUCAAAAACACAAUCUAAAAUUAAAUUGAUCCUAUACUUCCAUGUUAAAAUUCUACUGUUUUGACUUGUACUCCAGAAGAAUUAGCCAAAGCUAUUAGUUUUUACUAAGAUUCUGAUUAAUUAUCUUCAGUACUCUAAAAAUAAAUUGAUUAAAUCGAAAAUCAUAGAGAAAAGGUUCAAUAAAAUAAAUAAAAAAUUACUACGAAAUUACAAAAUGUAGUUGAUUAAAUGCUUAGAUAAUUAGACUAAUAUUAGAUCAAGAAUUCUAAUGGGGAAAUUUAAGGGACUCCAGAAAAAGCAAAUGUAUCUUAGACAGCUAUUUUCUUAAGUGCAAGUAGUACAACUCAAUCCCCACCUAUAAAAACAAUAAUUGAUGCUGCUAGAUCACGUAAAUCUAUCUUCCCUCAAACAUAAUAAUAGUAAUAGUAAUAGUAAUAAAAAAAAGGAAUAAGAAAUAAAAAUUGA